UAUAUAACAAAUAAUUUGAGUAUGACAAGUUUGAGUAAUCAGCCCGAGUUGCCUCUGAGGAUAGCAGUGUUAUUUUUAGCUGGCGUCGUGUUCUCUCUCCUGUUCUCCACCUUAUUGAUUCAAAGAGAGGUGACGUCACUACCAACAGAGCUGCUGAACGACAUGGUGUCCUCUGCGUGGUGGGUUCCCAUAGCUGCAGGGAUACUGUCUCUCUGUGUCGGCAUGCUCUACCCCACCGUUGACAGUAUUUACGGUACAAAACCAGUGUUACAGUGUGAUUGGUCCAAUCUCAUUCGCUGCUCCAUCAUUUUCUUCGGCAUAAACCACGCCUGCAUGAAACUGGACUACAUGAACAGCAUGCAGCUAUCAGUAACACUUGGGGUCCUGUCUAUAACGAUGUGGUGGUUGUUCGACAGGACAGUGUCCGGCCUGGUUGUGGGUCUCGUCUCCACCAUCGUCUUCAUAUCUGUAUCCCAGUUCUUUGUCUAUCACGGUUUUGCCAGUUAUAAGGCACCAGAUUUCUUCUUGCUGCGAUCCUGGAUCCCCUCCCUAAUAUUCAGCGCCGUCAUAACGUUUGGUACUAUCGGCCGACAGCUCUCCGCUUUCAGAUUUACACACAGCCACGAAGAUUGAACUCAGUUUCGAAUGCUUAAGAAACAACGCAGAAACACUACACUAGAUAGAAUCAUUCAGAGUUAAACAGAUGAAAUCAUAAGCAGUCAACGUUAACAAGAUCACAAUAUUAUGUCAUCCAGAAUAAUCAUCGGCACGUUGAAGAUCACGACGGGUUGUGAUAGGAAGUGUGACAGAGGUUUGAAAUUAGAUAACAUUUACGGAACCUUUCCAUUUCUAUUGAAUUAGAACUGUGUAGCUUUUCGGAUUCGGAUCAUUUUAUACGAUAUAUCGAAUUUUACAUUCUUAUUGGGCAUGUUGUCCGGAAAUUUGUUUUUAAUAAAACGAAAAUAUUUUUAUUUUUGCUCUGGGCCGAUCUUUUUAUUCAAGGUAACCGUGCUAAGUCUUAUAUAUUAAUUAAUAAUAUCAAUAAUAAUAUCAAUAUAUAUAAUAUAUCUUCUUUUCUUAUUAAUAUAGGUUAAGUUUAAUAUUACUUUAAAAUUUAAGUUGAAUACAGUAUGUUCUACUUUCUAUGCAGUCCCUGGGUUAAAAGUGCAGUAUUAAAUAAUACCAUUUAUGUUGGUUAUCAAUUUUAGUUAUGAAAUUUAGUUAUUAGUUUGAGUUAUCAAUCCCUGAUAGCCAUGGUAACCUUAUAAAUAAUAAGUUCUGUUUUAUUAAUCCUCAUAAUCAUGAUAAUAAUGAUAGUGGUAAAUGUAAGUUUUGGUUAUAAUAGUUCAAUUCUACAUGGUGUCCACAAGCAUUUCAUGUUCUCAGGAAUUCUCUUCAGAAAUUCAUAGUUAACAAUAACAUAGUCUUUAGAUUUCAUGAUAUUAGGUGCAAAGAUUGUUAUGUUUGGAAAGUGACCGCUUUAUUAUUGUAUGGUAUCAUCAUAUUCAUCAAGGUAGAAUUUAUGAUUAUAAUGUAUGAUAAAUAUCACUGUUCUUUGGUUUAAUAAUUCCAAAACUAAAGCAUGCAUCUCAUCUUAUUGUUGAUUAUUUCUUUAAAUAUCUUCCAUAGAGGGGUUUACAUUUGAAUUAUUUGACAGUGACUCACUUCACAGACAUGAGUCUGUGUGCAUGAAGCAUUUUUAGGAGUACACUGAAUAUUUUAAUCUUAUUUGAAAAUUGUUACUGUAUAUUAAUUUAUUUUUGAUGUACUUGAA